AUGUACAUGCGUGGUGCUCCCAUCAAGGGAGCCUUAGUUGAGAGCCUCUUGAAAGAUGUUUCAUUGGUACCUACUGUUAAUAGUUUUGUAGAUCGCCUCUCACUGUUAGAUUUCAAUCUUUUCCCCGCCAUUGUGGUCGAUCUGCUGCAUGAAUUCGAGCUUGGAACAUUGAAAGCGGUGAUGAUACAUUUGAUGUGGCUACUCUUUGCAGUUGACCCGCAGAAGAUUGACAUCAUCAAUGAAGGUAUAGUGUUUCAGUUAAUACCCUCUUUUGGGAAAGGUUCCAUUCAAUGGUUCCCCAAGAAUGUUUCGUCAAUGAAACAGCAAGUAGCUUGGCAUUUCGAAGAUGUGCUGCAGGUAAGUCCAUCCCAUGCACAAAUUGGAUGUAUUCUGACCAACUUAUUCAUUCCAGUGCACAAUACCAGCGUUUGA